GUCACGCGGAGCUUCGUUUAUGUUUUAUCGGCAGCACUCUGAUAUGGAAAUUACGUCUUCGCUUUUCAUUUGACAAGCUCAAAUAACAGCAAGAUUUCUUCACAAACAACAGAAAUCGAAAAAACACCGAUGAAAUCGUCUCGAGUCGAUAGUCCUUACACCGCAAAAGAUCCAUCACACGGAUUUUUCCUUUGGAGUGGUCUAACUUGGAUGCAGAAGGAAGAGAGAUUUUGCGACGUCACUCUUAAAAUUGGUAAAGAUCGAAAGUUACGAGCCCAUCGUGCUGUCUUAGCGCUAUCAAGCAAGUACUUCGAAGCGCUUUUCGGAGCGAAUUGGGUCGAAGGAAAAUCAAACGAAGUCGAACUUCUUGAUUUCGACGAAGACGCCAUAACGAGUUUGGUUCGAUUUGUGUACUCAGGAACUGUCGACAUUACCACCGACAAUGUUCAAUACAUUCUGGAAGUCGCGAAUUAUCUUGGAAUCGAGUUCGUGCAAAAAGAAUGCAUACGCUUCUUGGAAGAAAAUCUCAAUAAGAACAACUGUCUGAACGCUCUUCAAAUCGCAGACACGUUUGCCUUCGAGUAUUUGAGGGAAGAGGCGAAAUUGGUCGCCGUACGCUAUUUCACAGAAAUUUGCAUGACGCAAGAUUUUAUUCAUCUUCCACAUCAUUUAUUGACGGAGUUACUGAGAGAAGAGAGCAUCUGUGUAGUUGUUGAUAAUUUGAUUCCUCGCGCCGAUAAGAGAGAGAGCGUUGUUUUACAAGCUGUGUUUCGAUACGUGCAGUAUGAUCUUGGUAAACGAGCAGAUUUAUUACCGAAACUUUUGGCCCUCGUGAGGCUUCCAACUCUAUCAAAGGAGCAUCUCCAAGAGGUCUUAAAGCACAGCUUAAUUAUUGGCUGCCGUUGCGAAGCGAUCGUUGAAAAAGCAAUGACGGUGAAAUCGAAUGAAACUGGAGAUGGUUCGACCGAUUCAAACUGGGCCAAAAGAAGGGAUUUCGCCAAGUGCGUAGUCACAUGGGGUCGAACCUUUGUAGGAACCCAACAAAUUCCAUCGAAAAAAAAAUUCAUAACCGGUCGAUAUUUUCUUGAGGACUCGAUUGAUGGUGUCAAUGAUGAAGGCGUCUACAUUACAGGAAUAACCGUUUGGAGGAACUUUCCAACAGAAGAGCCGCGAUCUAUUUGUGGAUUAGAGGUCUUUUACAGCAAUAACUCGAGGUGGUUGUACGGCGUCAAGUCAGGACAAAAACAAAACGAAAUCUUUCUCAAAGAAAAUGAAAAGAUUGUAAAGGUGGAAGUUCAGAGCGGAACGCUGAUUAACAGCCUGGCGUUUUAUACAAAUAAGGAUUCUUAUGGUGGUUUGAAGUCUUAUCGUGGAUUUUGCCCCGAUUAUCAAGGUAGCUGUCAGGGUAGUCACGCGACCGUUCGAAGCCAGAGUCCGCCUGGAAUCUGUGGAUUCUUAGCUGGCGUUGCCGGCGAAACAUGCGAGUUCCAAGGACAGCCGUGUAUUACGAGGCUUCAAUUUGCAUGGAAGACAUUUGUUUGCAAUGACGUAGCGAUCACACCGCGGUUUGAGUAUUUUGAGCCGGGUAAGUGCGAAAUUGUGAACAGACCACUGAAACCGUGCCAGAAGCAAUGAUGGUGAUGUUGAAGUGAAAGUCGUCGCAAAGAUGAUGACAAUGACCAAGAUGGCGAGUGAAUGAUGUUGAUAAGGAUGACGAUGACAUUGAUAAUGUUGACGAAUACCGAUGACUAUAUCUUAGUUACUGCGCACCUACCCCUCCCAUAACCUAACAAUAGUCAACUGGUAGCGACUUAGGGUUAAUCUUGGCUCAGGGGAGGGGUAGGUGCGUAGUUGCUUGGAUACUUGCUUUGAUCCUGGAGACGAGAGAGAUGAAUGGAUGAUGAUAAUGAUGGUGAAGAUGACUGAGUGGUUGUUAUUGUAACGACAUUAAAAACGAAUCAUUAUGACGUUGAUAACCAAGAGGAUAAUUAUAAGCGGGUUGACUAUGGCGACGAUCUUCAGAAAGGAAAAAGGCGAUAUUUAUGACGACGACAAAGGCUAUCAUUAUCGUAGGCUGUGUACAACCGCCUUCUAUCUUCAAAAAAAAAAAA